CCUUAAAAGAGCACUUUAAAGGGAGGACGGUUAUGAAAAGUAUGUUCUUUCAAAACGUACGUUAUAAAUAUCGGUUAUUUUAGACAUGUUUAACUCUUUAACUCCCUAAGCUUUGCCUGUAGAGGGUAAAGCCUUUUAAGGAAUUGGGCAAGGGGAUGUUCACUUUUAACUUGAACGCGUUCCGAUUUUGAAGCUCCUCACUGCUGUAACUGCACAGAUACAUUCCCCAAAAGCUAAAAAAAUGGAUACAUAUACACAAUAAACCAAUGUGUAAGCCCCUCCUGUAGACUUUUGAAUUAUGCAAACAUGCUGAGAUUCAUCACAACAUCAGUGUGGCUGCACAGCCAGCGAGCUCAGAUUUUACCUUUACCUCUUAUUAAGUCCUGCACCUCAUUCAUUCACCAAGAAAACAUGAUUACUGUGGACGCCCUGUACAACCUGUCUGUAGACAUCAGUAAGGUUCGAAAGAUGAAGGGUUGGGUGUUGCGACAUAAACCAGUUUAUGUAUAUGAGGCCGCUGCCCUGCUGAGGAAUAUGGGGGCAAGUGAUAGGGUCAUCGCCCAUGUCUUGGAGCUCUACCCGGAGGCCAUCCUCUGUGAUCCUGAAGAAAUGGAGGCACAGAGAAAGCUGUGGAUGACAGUGUGUGCCAAACAGGAGGAUUUAGUGCGAAUCAUCGAAAAAUUCCCUGCCUCCUUUUUCACUUCAUCCUCGGAUCAUGAUAAUCAAAAAGCCAAUAUAUUGUAUUUUCAAACGCUACAUCUAAACAAACGCAUUAUUAGUAAGCUCAUGGCCACCGCCCCUCAGAGCUUCAGCCGAACUAUGAGGCAAAAUGAAGAGAUGAUUCAGAUGCUCCAGAGGACCUUUUUGGAUUUGGGUGGGAAGGAGGACAAUCUAAGGGUCUGGCUUCAGAAGUUGAUCACUCAGAAUCCUUAUGUGCUACUAAAGGAUCCACAAGUUUUGCAGAAUAACUUAAUGUUCCUGCGGGACAGGGAGUUCACAGGCAAUGAGCUCCUGCGCUUGCUUUCCAAAUUGAAAGGGUUUGUUACUGAACUGAACCGUGAAAGUAUGAGACUCACCCUGAGUUAUUCUCAGGAAAUUCUGGGAUGCACAGAUGCAGAGCUUAGGCAGAUUGUACUUGAAUGUCCAGCUUUAUUAUAUUAUUCUGUUCCUAUACUAGCUGAUCGGUUUCAGUGCCUCCUCGCUGCAGGAAUUAGUAUAAAGCAGAUCAUGGAGACGCCCACAGUGUUGGAACUGACAACCCAGAUAGUUCAAUAUCGCAUUGAGAAACUGCGUUCUUAUGGCUACGAUGUAAAAACGGGAAGCAUUCAAGUCCUCAAUGGCACCAAGAAGGACUUUGAGAAAAGCUAUGGACAACUGCAUCUUCGGCGAGAGAGGCCGCUUUUUAAUCCUGUAGCACCACUUUGCACAGAGGAUUAGGGAUUGUGGUGCUACAUUUCCAACAAGGUGAAGAGGUCCUAUGCUUACUGAAUAUUAACUAGCAUGUUUAUUUAUUUUUUAUGCAAUGUGCUGAAAAGAAUAAAUGAUUGAAUGCUUUGUUAACACUGUGUGAGAUGAAUGCUCAUUGUGCUCAAAGAAAGAAUGCUAUUUCAUUUAAUUUCCCCUCUUUGGUUUACUGCAGACAUAUUUUUUUAUGGUUGUGAAUGAGCUAUUGUACAAACACAUAGACCUAAUUAGUAAAUCUAAUGAAAAGAAUAAAGAGAAAUAUAUUAAUAAAUAAGACUAUUAUAUUUUUAUGACAUUUUUUACUGCAAUUGUUAUGAAAUAAUGUUAAAUUGGAACAUUCUGAAAAUAUGAUUUACGGUAUGCUCUUUUUAAUUUCUUACUUUGAAUUGGGGUAAAUUUUGAUCACAGUGUUUUUGACAGAUUUCAUGACAAUCACUGUGACUUAUGGGCAAUUCCAUGCAAAUGUCAACCUUAUCAUGAAAAGUAAAGUUUUUAAAGCAUUUUCCCCCAUAGUUUCAGAAUUGUCACAUCCAUAAAUGUGAAAUAAAAAAUUAAAGUUAAAUGUUCUUUGAACAGCCUGUU